AUGCAAGGCUCUGAGGCCGCGCCACAUUCCUCGCAGUUCCACAACUUUCGGGGAGGUGUCCUGGGGGCUUUACAGGGUGUCCGUUGUCAGGUGGAGCAGCUCUUCGAGAACAGCGCCAGCUUCCACGUACCACCGCUACCACACCCUGCCGACAAGCGACUGGAGGGGCAGGGAGCUCACCGCGUGACCAAGGCCUCCUCCGUGCUCUCCUCCCACACCGGUCAGGGCUUCCCCGCCGCCAACACCUCGCUACCGCGCAAUGUCUCCAAGAAGUGCCUGCUACGUCCUCCCCAACCUGCGUCGUGCACCGUAAGCCGUCAACCGUCGCCUCCGCCCUUGUCUUCGCGCCUGCGCAGUGACGAUGGUGACCGCGCGCGCACCAGCUCCGCAACAGUGCGCACGCGCAGGGGCACCAGUGUCGUCUCCUCCGUGCGAGUGUCCGGUGAGGAGGCCCUGAUCAAGUAUGCCGAGAAAUUGACGGAGUGGGAGAAAACAGAAAUCCUGGAUUUUAGAACGGUGUAUUUCCUGGGCAGCCAGGCCGCCAAGAAGUCUGUGCAAGGGGAGGGCGUUAAAAAUAACGGCUUCGAUGAUGCCAGCGGCUUUUACAUCUGCAAGCCGCACGACCACCUGUUGUAUCGAUAUGAACUACAUGAUUUGCUGGGAAAAGGUACCUUCGGCCAGGUGAUGAAGGCCAUGGACCACAGGACGCACUCGUUGGUCGCCAUCAAGAUAGUCAAGAACGAGCGACCGUUUCUGCGCCAGGCGCGCGAAGAAAUCCGCAUCCUGGAGGCCCUCCGCAGGCAGGAUAAGAAUGACUCCCAUAACAUUGUACACAUCUUAGACAGUUUCACCUUCCGGGGUCACGUGUGCAUCACCUUUGAGCUGCUGGGCAUGAGCCUGCACCAGGUGCUGAAGAAGACCCGUGGGAAGGGGAUGAGCCUCUGCCGGGUGCAAAAGAUCGCUCGCGCCGUGCUUCGGUGCCUGGAUGUGCUGCACAGGAACAACAUCGUGCAUUGCGACCUCAAACCAGAGAACAUCCUGCUGCGCCGCCCCCUCCCCACUUCCGCCGGAUGUACCGCAGGACUGCAGAACGACAUCUCCAUCAAGGUAAUAGACUUUGGAUCCAGUUGCUACGAGCAGAAGCAGAUCUAUACCUACAUCCAGUCCCGCUACUACCGUGCCCCGGAAGUGAUCCUGGGCUUGCGAUACGGAUGCGCCAUCGACAUGUGGAGCCUGGCUUGCGUGCUAGGAGAGGUGCUUACCGCCAAGCCAAUCUUCGCUGGCGAAGAUGAGUUUGACCAGCUUUCCAGCAUCAUGGAGGUACGAGGUGUCCCCUCUCGCUCUCUUCUGGACCGUUGCAAGCGAGCGGAGAAGUUCUUCACCGCCCAGGGUCAGCCCCGCUACUGCACGAGCGGCUCGUCACGCGAGAAGCCGCGGGGCCCUCCCAUGAGCCUCCACCUCUCCUUGCUCCUAAAAAACACGGAGGAUGGUGUUUUCUUGGACUUUAUGCGGCGCACCCUGUCGUGGGACCCUGCUGCACGCCUGUCCGCCUCCGACGCGCUUCAGCAUCCGUGGGUGAUGCGUAAUGGCGCGUUGCAGUCCAAGGCGGUAACCGUCGGCGACGUCCUCAGUCCUUCCAGGGCAAAGCUGUUGGAGAAGCCGGGGCAGAUGGAAGCCUCCUCAAAGAGCUCCGUACGACUUCCUGUCGCCGAGAACACCUCGAAAGUAUCCGUCACCGAUACCCAGACCAGUCCUCUCAAAACACAGAGCGACACUUGUCAUGUGUAGUCUAUGCUCACCUGCACCUGGCCUUGUGCAUCUAUGGUUAGCCUGUGGGAGCGACACCUCCCUGGGGGCUCUGUGUUCACCUGCAUGAUGUCUCGACCUUCAUUGCUCUCGUGAUUGUUCACAUGUUUGUACCCAAGCUGCUCCUACAUCGCACAAGAUGACGGGACCUCGGGGCACGCGAAGAACGAUGGGAACAUAAGACCACUUCUUGCAUUUGCAUCAUGCCCCAGUCUCCAGAUGAGGGACAUUGUCUUUGUUCUCCCUGCCAUCCACACAACUAGUGAAAAGUGUCAACUUCAUCCUUAGAUGUCCUAAAACUCGUUCGUCUGUUUGGCUUUGAAGGAUUUUGUUGCGAGCCGAUCUUUAGGAAGACACUAUUGAAAGCAUGUGGUUAAAUGGUGUUCUCCAAAGAAUCCUCUUCAAUUGAAUGCAUGUUUUGGCUCAGGAAGAUUUAUAGUUGGUGAGACUGUAAGAGUUUGCCAAAUAGUGAAAGCAUUUUCUCGCCUUGUCCUGACCUACCCGAAGUGAUAUUCAUUUCCUUGCCAACUCCAAUUCUUUCAAGUUAUAAAAAGCUGAACUAAUAAAGAAAAUUGGAGUUGUUAGCCUGUCCUGCAUUGUGUCUGCAACUGGAUCUUGCAAAUAGUAAAAAUACAGAGCACUUCCUCACUCUAGACAUGACACCAACCGCCCACUUGCAGAAACCGUGAUCUUGGGUGGCCUUGUCAAUAAGACCUGAAAAUUCCAGAGCUAAUGGGGAAGAUAAAAACUAGAAAACUGGAGAGGGACAAACACAUGCAUCAUGCUCUGAUGUGAUUUUCUUUACCAGAUAUUCCAAGCAAAAUAAAGACAGCAAAAUCUCCGUUUCCUGCCCCUGUGAUAUUACCUCCUCUAGGAAACACAACAUACCUUCAUUGCAGACUUAGCAUUCCUCGCCAACCCUCCAAGAAAAAAAGGUUUGAUCUCCCUGUCAUGCUAGUGUAGCAGCUGUACGCAUCUGGCCAAUGCAAGGGCAAUCAUCUUUAAGAAAGUAUUUUGUUUCUUUAGUUAUAUGCCCACCCAAAAGAAAGUUGUAUAGUGCUUAGUUUGAAAGCUAUGGUCCUUGAGAGAAAGAAAGAUGUACAGUAAUUUCAAGCACCGGGAUGGCUUCUCCAUGUGCAAUAAUUAUGCAAACUCUCCAGUUGCAGCAUCAGGCAAUCUUCCUCAUGCAAUCAGAUUCCUGGGACUAACAGUGAUUUGUAUUUUUUGUUCUUUUGUGCACCUUUAUGGCCUUUAGUAGGAAAAUAUCAGAAAGGAUUUUCUUUCUCUGAUCAGUUUCUGCUGAUGUUCUAUAUAAAAUGUGAUUGAACAUUAAUGAGUUAUUUAACUGUG